UCAACAUAUAUUGUUAUUAUUAUUCACCCAACAAACAAUGUUUAUAUGUAUACAGAUUGUGUUAAUGAUGAUGCAUUUUGUCCUUCACCUGCAGCAGGUUGUAUGAACACAAACAUGAAUCCCACAUCUACGGAAAUUAUCGUAGCCUCUUCAAUCGGAUUAAUCAUAGCUGCUGCUGUGCAUUUUCGUCUCAAGAAAAUCAGAGAUCAACGAAUUGUUCCCAAGAUAAAAGUUUCGGGCGCGGGGCAGGUCGUAAGCAUUGAGAGGUUCUCUCACUAUGUAGCUAGACAAAUGGGGUUCAAGGACAAAAAAGAGUGCCCAAACCUGUGCAAGUUGGCUUCCAAUUACAUCAAAAAAGCUGAAGGGUGUGAGAAUGAUGUGUUUGAAUAUUUUGCAAGUGAACCAGAUGCUGAUUCCCUCUUCAUAAAAAUGGUGGAAGAGUUUGAGAGAUGUAUUCUCAGCUACUUUGCCUUUCACUGGAAACACACUUCUUAUAUGAUCAGUCAGGCAUGUGCUCUGAUCUCCCUGCACCUCAAUUUGAAUCUGAUCUGUUAUUUACAGGUGCUUGGUGCUGAAACCGAGCCAAAAAAGAAGCUUAAGCACAUUGUUAUGGCAGCCACAAGAGAACAGAGAUUCGAGAGGGUGACAAAGAAUCUGAAGGUGGCAAGAGUAUUUAACACACUCGUAGAGGAGAUGAAGGCGAUUGGACUCGUAUCCAAUGAUGAUAAGUGCACCGACGUGAUGGUUCCCAUGGCUCAUAAAGACAGAAGCCCCGUCCUCCUGCUGAUGGGGGGAGGUAUGGGAGCUGGGAAGAGUACUGUGCUUAAGGACAUCCUCAAAGAAACAUUCUGGGCAGGAGCAGCUGCAAAUGCUGUUGUGAUAGAGGCUGAUGCAUUCAAAGAGUCGGAUGUUAUUUAUAAAGCACUAAGCUCUAGGGGGCACCAUGACAUGCUUCAAACGGCUGAACUGGUGCACCAAUCAUCUACAGAUGCAGCAUCAUCCCUGCUUGUAACUGCACUGAACGAAGGACGAGAUGUGAUCAUGGAUGGAACUCUUUCAUGGGUACCGUUUGUUGUGCAGACAAUAACCAUGGCCAGGAAUGUUCACCGCCGCAGGUAUCGCAUGGGAGUUGGUUACAAAGUAGAUGAAGAUGGUGUUGUAACAGAAAACUACUGGGAACAAAUUGAUGAAGAACACCAGGAUGGAGCUAUGAAGAGAAGACCAUACAGAAUAGAGCUAGUUGGUGUUGUGUGUGAUGCUUAUUUAGCAGUCAUUAGAGGAAUAAGGAGAGCUCUAAUAUGCCGAAGAGCAGUAAGAGUGAACUCACAGCUAAAAUCGCACAAGAGAUUUGCAGAAGCUUUUUCAACAUAUUGCCAACUAGUUGACAAUGCUCGACUCUACAGCAGUAAUGCACUGGAAGGCCCUCCUAAGUUAAUAGCAUGGAAAGACAGAGAAAAGAAUUUGUUGGUUGAUCCAGAUGAGAUAGACUGCCUGAAAGUGGUUGGAAGGUUGAAUGAUGCAGCAGAUUCCAUAUUCGAGCUCUACAACAACCCGCACCCAGCAUAUGAAACAGGGUCUGUCUGGAAGGACAUAGUUCUGUCACCUACAAGGUUGAACAUUCAGAAAGAGCUCAAGUAUUCCAUUCAGAAUGUUGAGAGAGCGAUUUGACACAUUGACAAUCAGCAAGACAAAAUUGCUCCACAGGCAUUUAUAAAAGAUAAGUGGAUGAAGAGAAGAGAAGAGAAGAGAAGAUGAGGUUUGGUGAAUUUUUUCAACCUAAAGAUCAAUUAAUUAAAUUCUACUACGUGAGUGAAUUCAGGUGAAAUACCUUUUUGGGAUGAAAUAGUGCCUGCUGGGAAGAUACAAGUUGGAACCGGUAACUUAUAUGUUGCUCUGGCAGGCUUUUUGUAUCAGUCAGACUGUAAAACUAACUGCCAAACCCCUGGAUUUCACUGUCUUGAGUUCUGAAUGUGAUGAGGAGAGGUCUGUAGAGUAGAAACCACAGCAGGCAUCUUAGAGUCUAUAUCUAGCACACUGUUCACGCCUAAUUUGCCCAUGCAUUAAGAACAAUAGCCAAAAGAUUCAAAUAAAUAGUCGUGGCAAUUCAGUACCACAUUUUUCCA